GUCGGGACCAGUCAGUCGCUCGGUCGCCCUCGGUCGGGACACAACGAACCGGGUUUUCCGGGAGAGCGCGAACGCGAGUUUUCCCACCGAAAUCAAGUGCAGUGAGGCCAAAGUUCUUGCGACCUAAACCAAAGAUUAACGUAGAUGCUGUUACGAUGUCACCUGGACGUUAAUUAUUGAGGAAAAAAUGCUGAAUAGAAGUGCCUCGUCCAGGAGACGUCGUGCUUCCCGAUCGGCCGCUUCCUCUCCCGGACAACCUGCGGGAAGACCAAGCGGUAGCAGAUCGGCUGCGACUAGUCCAUGUCGUAGGGCCAGCAUCGCGGUCUCCCCCAUAGAUGGCGACAGGGGCGAGGAAUUGGACAAGGGCAGGAGCCCACGUCACAGCAUCAUUCCCAACAUCGCCCUAACCGAAACCAGGGAUGACAGUUUGGAAGAGAUACCGCGUUACCGGUCCCCUAGGGCCUCCUUGGUGCCAGACUGUGCACUGAGCCCUAGGAACAGCCUGGUACCGGACACGACGAGGUCCCCGAGGCACAGUCUGGUCCCGAACGACGUUCGCAGUCCCAGGAACAGUUUGGUCCCCGACUCAGCCUUAUCCCCUAGGAACAGCCUCACUCCCGAGCAGUAUAACAGGAGUCCAAGGAACAGCCUGGUACCGGAACCUAACAGGUCCCCUAGGCACAGCCUGACCCCCGACACGAACCUACAAGGUUCAAGGUUAAAUAUCUCCGAAUACAACCGGAGCGCUUCAAGGUCACCUAGACAAACCGUAGCCCCGUUAGAACUGAAGCAAUACAACCCCGAGGAAGGAAAUCGACGUCAUCGACUCAGUUUGACUCCGGAAACCAGCCGGAGUCCGCGCGGGAGUAUCGUGCAGGAGAACGCGCCCCACCGGACCAGCCCGAGGGGCAGUAUCGCGGGAGAGAUUCCGGAUCAGAGGACCCCCAGGGGAAGCGUAGGUCCGGAAACCUACAGGAACCGCACGGCGUGCGACACGAGAAGUUCCCGCGGGAGUCUCACUUUAACCUUCCAAGAGCCGCCGGUGAGCGAGAGGAGGUCCAGCGCCGAUAAUCCGUCACAUUCCCGAGGGAGGAUGACGUCACCCCACCACUGUCGAUCCUCGUCCAAAGGGAACAUUAAUGGGGCUACGGAAGGCACCGGGUCGAGACGCGCGAGCAGUUCAGUAAGUCAGGUGGGGAUCCCACAGGUGUCCGGGGACGAGCAGCGGCGCCUCUGCGGGGCGGAGAGGAAGUACUCGCGCGAAAUGGGGCAUCAGGGGCUCAGCUUGAGCAUGACCUUGACCACGUACGGGUCAGUGGCGUACCAGCUCAAGGACGCCCAUUUUGAGGCCAACGGCACCUGCGAUUUCGUAUAUAAGGCCUUGAAGAUCGUCAAUAAGACCGUGGUAGUCACGGUUUUCCUCGUCUGUUUGUCGGUCCUACCGGUGAUCAUGCUGAUCAUGGGGGUGCAGUUCCUUAGGGAUUGUCCUAGGGAACCGAACAUCCCUAUUUACAUGGUGGUGGGGGGGAGCGUGGGAAGUGUCAAAAUGGGGUUGUGCCUGUGGAACCAGUUGCACACCAGACACAUCGACCCUGCUGCACCCAAUACCACCUCGAUUACGUCGAGAAUAGCGUCGAUCGCCCUGACGAUCCUGCUGCUGACCUGGUUCGGGUUCGGGAACUUCUGGAUCCUGAGCAUCAAGUACCCGGACUACGCGCCCAGCAUGUGGGAACCGAACAAGUGGUGCCAUCGCACCCUGUACGUGUUCGCCUUGGUGCAUUUGUGCAUAGUGUAUUCGGUGUUGGGGAUAUUGGUGGCGCUCGCGAUUGCGUUGGCCUGUUGUCAAAUGUUCGAGUGUCAGUGGUUGGGCCCGCGGUAUAAAUAGCAAACGUCCAGGGUGGAUUUCUUUGAGGUGUGGGAUUUGCCCCGGGGAUACCACGGAUGAUGACGAGUGUAAGCGCCCGCCUCCUCAAUAGCUUCGCGUUAGUUUUGACAAUAAAAGGCCGCUUUGUCGAAUGUAAAUAGUAGCUCCUAGGGAUGACCAACUGCUUUUAUUUGAAAUGUAAAAAAUGUAGAUUCUGUAAUGUAGGGAAUCUGUUGUGGUGUCGUGUAAAAAUGGUGCAACAGUAACAGCGAGGUCCAGCUUUAAUACGGUUAACGCCGGGGUUUUUGGUGAGGGGGAAUUGUUUAUGGCGCUUUUGUUUGUGUUAUUUCAGGGAAAAACGGUGUAGUAAAUAUUUAUUGGAUUUUAGUGGAGGAUGUGUGUACAAAUUUUCAGGGGCGUAGCUUUUUUGGGUUAUGAGUUAUAGGCGUUUUGUGAUUCAAAAAAUGAUUUUUUUUAAAAUUAUUUUUUGCAGUUUUUUGUUUAUUUUUGAAAAAAUUCUUGAACACGUAUCCCAUGAAUUUAAAUGGAGAAUACGUGCAGAAAUUUUCACUGCUCUAGCUUUUUUGGUUUUUGAGUUAUGGACAUUUAGUGAUUUAAUAAAAAAAUUAAAGUGUUUUUUUGAAAAUAAUUUUUUUCUCACUUAUCUGUCUAUUUUUGAAAAAAUCCUUGGACACGUAUUCCAUGAAUAUAAACAGAGAAUACGUGCAGACAUUUUCACUGCUCUAGCUUUUUUGGUUUUUGAGUUAUGGACGUUUAGUGAUUUAAUAAAAAAAUUAAAGUGUUUUUUUUGAAAAUAAUUUUUUGCUCACUUAUCUGGACAUUUUUAAAAAAAAUCCCUAGAUACGUGUCCCAUGAAUUUACACAGAGAAUACGUGCAGAAAUUUUCACUGCUCUAGCUUUUUUGGUUUUUGAGUUAUAGGCGUUUUGUGAUUCAAAAAAAUAAUUUUUUUGAAAAUUAUUUUUUGCAAAUUUUUGUUUAUUUUUGAAAAAAUUCUUGAACACGUGUCUCAUGAAUUUAAAUGAAGAAUACGUGCAGAAAUUUUCACUGCUCUAGCUUUUUUGGUUUUUGAGUUAUGGACAUUUAGUGAUUUAAUAAAAAAAUUAGAGUGUUUUUUUGAAAAUAAUUUUUUGCGCACUUAUCUGGACAUUUUUGAAAAAAUCCCUAGAUACGUGUCCCAUGAAUUUACACAGAGAAUACGUGCAGAAAUUUUCACUGCUCUAGCUUUUUUGGUUUUUGAGUUAUGGACAUUUAGUGAUUUAAUAAAAAAAUUAAAGUGUUUUUUUUUAAAUAAUUUUUUGCUCACUAACCUGUCUAUUUUUGAAAAA